AUGAUCGCCGAGACUGGCUCUAUUGUACUGUCAACGUCUCCAGGUCGACCUCGUAUUAUUCGAACAAAAAAUAUGAUUCAAAAAGUUAAAAACCGUUUAAAGCGGAAGAAACGCGUCCCAACUCGAAAACUGGCCAGUGAACUUAAAAUUUCAAGAAGAAGUGUGCAGAGAAUUUUGAAAAAUGAUUUAGGAUUAACGUCGUACAAGAAAAGAAUCGAACCACUACCUACAGACACUCAAAAAGCUAAACGAAUCACGUUUGGAAAUUGGGUUCGUCACAACUUUUCGAAAGAACAAUCUUUGAGAAUUCUUUUUUCUGACGAGAAAAUGUUUGACCUCAACGGUAUGUACAACUGUCAAAACGAUCAAGCCUGGGCUGUGAAUCGUGCCGAAGCUGAUAAGAAUGGCGGUGUUAAACAAAAACAGGAAUUUCCACAAAAAGUCAUGGUUUGGUUAGGCGUUUGUUCAGAAGGCGUAACUCCUUUGGUUAUUUUGGAUAAUGGCACAGUAAAUCAUCAACGAUAUAUCGAUGAAGUACUUCUUGUGGCUCUAAAACCCAGACAUCCUCUAAGUCAAGGCUGUAUUGAACGUGCCAAUGAUGUUUUAAGUAUUGCAUUGGGUAAACGGUUAGAUACGAACAAUUCAGUUCAUUGGUCAGAUGGUCUGCUACCAGUUGUUUAUGGAAUCAAUACUAGAGUAUCAUCAACGACAAAAACAACACUAUAUGAAAUAAUGUUUGGUCAACGUCCACGAUCGGAUUUCGAUUUUUGGAAAAUUGUAAAAGAAUGUGAUAUAAUGGAUGAAGAACAAUUACCAACUCCAAUCGAACGCGCUGAUGUGUUUGUUGAUGAAAUUGUUGAACAGUUCACCAUAAAUGAAACUGUAAUUAAUGAUUUUGAUAAACAAAAAGAAAAUGAUAAUUUAAGUAUAGAUAACUUCAUUCCUGAAAUGUUUCCGCUUCUAAAUACAAACAAUGAUCCAAAUGCAGCUGGUGUUCUUUAUCAUUCUCUUCUUGAGCUUUCACCUUCUUCUUCCUAUGGCCCUAAUCAUCAACCACUAGUUGCCACAAUAAAGUCGACAACAGAAAAUGUGAUUUCGUUUGAUUCCCCUCCAGCACCGCCUCAACCUAGUUCUCAAUCAUCAGCUUCAUCUGCAUUAACAUCUAAUUCAUUAAUAAUAAAUUCACCACGACAUAAUGAUGUAAGACAUAGAGCGGCAGAAAAUUAUUUAGGAACAGCAAAUAAAAAAAGAAAAGCAUACGAUGAACAUUUAUGUAAAUUAGCUGAACAAUAUAAAAAAGGAGAUUAUCUUGGUGUGAGAAUUCAUGAGGUUGAUAGAACAAAUACACAUCCCAAAAUUUUACCAUGUAUACUUGUAGCAAAAGAAAAAAAAGACAACGACUUUAUUGUUCAUUUAUGUUGUCAACAUGGUUUGUUACAAAACAAAUUUUCAAUCGAAAGUAUUAUUGACCUCAGAUCAACUUGUCCUGACGAAUUGUAA